CGACGCUGUCCGGAAGUGGAGGGAAGUGGAGGGGGGAGAGGAGGAGGGCGGUGCUGGGCAGCGUCAUCGAGGGGGGCCGGGGCGCCGCCAUGGAGAGCGGCGGGCAGGAUAUCAACCUUAACUCUCCCAACAAAGGGCUGCUGGUGAACGCCAUGACAGAUGUCCCUGUGGAUAGCGCGGCUGCGGCCAGGACCUCAGCACCCGAGGGGCUGACGCUUGCCGAAGAAGAGGAGUUGAGAUCCGAGCUCGCCAAGGUGGAAGAAGAGAUUGGCACUCUCAGGCAAGUCCUGGCUGCGAAGGAGAGGCACUGCGGAGAGCUGAAGAGGAAGCUGGGUUUGACUCCCUUGGAUGGGCUAAAGCAAAACCUGUCUAAAAGCUGGCACGAUGUCCAAGUCUCCAAUGCUUAUGUGAAAACAUCUGAGAAACUUGGAGAGUGGAAUGACAAAGUGACACAGUCUGACUUAUAUCUUUCAGCCAGCAGCACACUGGAGGACUGGAAUGAAAAAUUAACUCAAUCAGAAGCUUAUAAGAAGACCCAGGAAACCCUUUCCCAGGCAGGACAGAAGACUUCAGCAGCCCUUUCCAAUGUCGGUUCUGUUAUCAGCAGGAAACUUGGUGACAUGAGGGAAUUUCCUCUUCCACUGUGGCUGGGAGUAUCCAAGUGGGCUCACCCCUUCUCGCAUUCCUUUAGCAGUUACUCCAUCCGCCACUCGAUAAGUAUGCCGGCGAUGAGGAAUUCUGCAACCUUCAAGUCAUUUGAAGAUAGAGUUGGGACCAUAAAGUCCAGAGUGGUGGGCAGCAGGGAAAAUAGCAUCGACAGCCUCCACUCCCCCUCUGGAGCGGGAGACAAGCCUCCACAUGACAAUGCUCCUUUCUAGACCUGCAUUGUGGCUUUGCACGGCUGUGCACAACCGUAAGAGCGAGCCCCCUCCCUCCCAAAUCUUCACAACAGCAACGACAUGCGAAUCCACGAAGGGGCUGAGUGCCAUUCUGGAGAGAUCCAUCCUUCAUUCAUAGACACUGCUGCUGGAUCUGAGACAAAUAAAGAGAAUGCAAAGUUUUGUAUACAAAUAAUAUUUUACACUAAAGUUUGUAGAUUAAAUGUAUCACUGCUAUCCUUUCGGGAGAGCAUGCAAGAUGGAGUUUCCUUAACGUAGCUCAGAAAUGCCUCUGGUAAAGAUAAAAACAUUUUUCCUUUGUUUGACAUAACUUGGAACGGAUACAUCGCCCUGAGCAGCGUGAGGAGGGCAGUUCUUGGAGAAGCCAAGUGCAUGGGCAUUGUAGCUUCAGCUCCUCGCUGCAUUCUGUGUGCCGGGCAGGCUGUGCAGCUGCUCUCUCAGCUCCCAGGCUUCUCCCAUUACUGGUUUCCCUGGCUCUCACUGCUAAAGAGAGCAAGCGUUAGGGUUUUUUCUGGGCUUUCACAAGGGAAACUUCAUGCAGCAGCUGCCUCGUUGUUACACUAAUGCUCUAGCUUUAACAAAACUAAAAUCUUUAUUUUUAAAUGCAAUGAACUUUAAAGAAAUAAAGCUUACAAAAAAAAAAACCACAGAAAAACAGAAGCUUUGGCAUCAUAUUAGGGCGAUGCUCCCUUGGACUCUGAGACUGAAUUGCAAGCCUUACAUCACCUGAUGCUUUACUUGUUUCUGGUUUUGUUCUGUAGAGAUGACUGCAAGGGUUCUACAGCUGGAUGUUGAGUGCUGGAGUUUUGCAUCGUACAGUCAUAGCAGCAUGCUUGUAAGCCAAUUCUUGUGUUAAAUUCAGUGACGCACUCUGUUUCCCGAGUGUAUGAAACUUGCUUCUCCCUUCUGAGUUUAUGCCUUCAUUCUUGGAGGAGGAAUUUCUGAAGGCUGCUAGCAACAGGGCCAGGUUUUAAAGGUUUUAAAGGUCACAGCCGUCCCUGGCGCUGCAGCCGCUGUGCUGGAGGGGCUCUGCCCCACUCUUCUCCAUGGGCCCCUCCGUCUGGUACCUCUGACUGUGACUGGAUGGGUUUUUUCAGUUGAAAGCCCCAGCCCUAAUCUAGGUUUACAAAACUGGCAGAGUCACGGAGCUGAACCAGUCCCCUCAAGGGCUGGGUGUUUCGCUCUUUUGAUGCCCAACUUCAUUGCUCAGGAGCUGAACAAUUCCAAGUUUUCUUCUAAAGGCUUGAUUUUAUUCUAGGUGAGGUGCCUCCACGUAGAAAUACCUAGGGUGAGCAACUCUGUGCCUUAGAGGCCAAGUGGGACUUACUCAGGUUUUGCUGUGUACAUAUCUGGGUAGUUGUAGUGGUUUAUCACCCUGGGGGGACGGAACCACCUCUGACCCUUCUUUAGAGAAGCAAGUUUUGACACUUACCCACAGAUUAAUCCCUGUUUAAUCACUCCCUUCCCUCCACAGACCUGGGGACAAGAUGAGAUGUUAGAAGAUAGAUGUACUAGGCAGUAGGGGAGUAGAGUGGUUUACUGGCACUCUGUGUUUGAAACUGGCCUCCCUACGCAAAGCAGAGCCAGUGAAAUGGUGAAAUGGGGUUUGCUGGGGCUGGGGUAUUGAACUGUUUAUACACAUAAAUAGUGAGGAAACUUGUCAAUAAAACGUUCCUUUGGGAAUAAACAGGUG